AUGCAGGAGAAGAUAGAGAAGGAGCGUGAGCAGACACAGAAGGAACAGGAGAAGAGAGAAGAAGAAGACAGGAAGAAGAAACAACAGGAAGAAACUCAACGACAGGAGUGGGAACAAAAAAUUAAAGACCUGAAGAGCAAAAUAAGAUCUGAAGCAGAAUCAAAGGAAAUCUUUAAAAGAAAGCUGAAGGAGACUAAAGAGGAGAUGAAAACACAACAGGACUGGGAGAAGGAACGAAACGAGUGGUGGGAAAAACGAAAACAAGAAGAUGAACAGAGACGACGGGAGGAACAAACAAAACUUAGAAAGCUCCAAGAAGAAUAUGAGCAAGAGAGAGUGAAAUCUGAAAACAAGAAAAAAGAAGAGGACAGAAUGAGAAGAGAGCAGGAAGAGAAACUU